UUCCUGUCUAUUCUCAGUUUACCUGACCAUUCGCAGUUUACCUGUCAAUUCUCAGUUUAGUUACACCCUAAAAUGCAGAAGCUCUCAUUAAAUUAUUUAAAAAAAUGUUAUUCAAUUUUGUCUGAUGUCUCUAAACAAAAAGAAUCUGUUGACGUUUCAAUUGAAGCUUUGUUUAAUGCCCGUGUACAUUUAGGGCAUAAAGUGGGUUCCUUAAAUGAAAAAAUGAAACCAUAUAUAUAUGGAGAACGAUUAGGCCAUCUCAUUAUAGACCUUAAUCAUACAUCAAUUUUACUUAAACAAGCUCUUAACGUUAUAUCUGAGAUAUCAUAUAACAAAGGGAUUGUGCUAUUUUUGUGCAGAAAUUACCAACACAUUCAUACAAUUGAAAAGGCAGCAAAAUCAUGUGGAGCAUAUUCCCAUUGUCGUUUCUGGUCAGGUGGUAUAUUCACUAAUGCUGAUAUGCUAUUCUCCACUCUUGACACUCAAAGCCAAUCAAAGAAUUCCCAUCACUUCCGUAAUACCCGCCUACCUGAUGCCUGUAUAUUUUUUGGUUCCCAAAACACGUUAUUUUUGCAACACAGAGCCAUUCGUGAUUCGGCAAAAGUUAACAUUCCUACUAUCGCCAUAUUAGACACUGAUUCGGACCCAACAAAUGUCACUUAUCCUGUACCCGGAAACGACGAUUCUCCAGCUUCAAUCGAUCUUUACGUUUCCUUGUUCUCACGCGCUAUUUUGAAGGCUCGAAAAUGAAUCAUUAUUCUUUUAUAAACAGAAAAAUUACUUGGUACCAAAUAUUUUGUGGGAACUUUUCAUUCAAUAUAAUAAAUUUAUUUACUUAUUUUUGCAAAGACUUUAUACAAAAAUAUUUAAUAACAAUAUUGAAGAGAUAUUUUUAUUCAAAAUGAAUGAAGACAAUAUUUGUUCAUAACCCAUUGUAAUUCUGUGGUUCUACAUUUC